GUGUGUUGUGUAGAGCGUCGGGUUGUGUUCAAAAUUUCUCCCGAAGUGGCCAAUGAACACUUGACUUACGUCGUCUAUUACCAAGCAGUUUCAGGAUGGCGAGAUUGUGUGGGAGUGGGCGGGUGUGGUAGAGGAUCGUGGUGAUGGCCAUGGGGGAGUACAGCGUAGUGUCACAGGCGGUGGUGCAGCGGGUGUUCUGGGUUGACUGGUUUCACCGCACCCCGCACAUCAACCUCACGCUACACCCUGUCAAUGACACCUUCAGUCCCUCACCCAUCUACCAAGAGAGUCUGGGUAUUAUUGGGUCAGUUCCUGCUGGAGUGUUGAUCUUGACAUUGCUGGUGUUGUUGCUCUACUUGUUGACACGAUGCUGCGACAACCGACCCAAACCAGGCUCCAUAACCUGCCUGAAAGUCAUGCUGGUCCUCUUUGCUAUAUUAACAUUGGGUGCUUUAGGGGUCAGUGUUUGGGGCAACGAAGAAGUGCACGAAGGUAUGACGGAGUCUGUACGCUACCUCAACAACAUUAACAGCAUGGUACACUCGCUCAGCAAUCAGACUAAACUAUUUGACGAAACGAUAGACAAUUCAAAGAAACAAUUCUACAGUGGAAAUGUGUUUAUCCUUGAGAGCCUUCACUACAUGCAGGGCAACAUAUCCGAGGUUCUCCUCAUCAAUGUUGAAGACAUCAAUGCUAUGAUGACCGGGGCAGAGAUGGGAGGUAUGGUGCGGCUCCUGGGCGUGGGGGAGCUGGGCAGAUGGGUGGCUACGCUGGGCAUCACAGGAAUACUCAUGAUGGUGGUGUUGGUCGUUAUGAUCGGGCUAGCUCGCCACUCUCGCUGCACACUUAUUACGUUCUCUGUGUUGGGUCUCCUGGCCAUGAUCCUGUGCUGGGGCUUAACGUCAGUCUACUUGGUCACCUCUGUUGCUCUGUCAGACUGGUGUAUGGACCCCAAUCCUUUCCUGGAGGACCAACUCAGCAAACUGGUGUCUAAAGAUGUGGCCGCCUACUACCUGCGCUGUGACCCGACCCGACCGUCACCUUUCACCCGCUAUCUAACCCACGCACAGCAAGCAGCAAGUCUCGUACUGGCAUCACUCAAUAAAGUUACACGUAUCGCUGAUGUUUAUUAUGAACGAAAGGAGAUCCAUCCUCGCUUGGACCAUUUAGGUGCAUUCGUGAAUCAGUCCCAGCGGAGUCUAGGAGGUGUAGCGGCUUUGUUGGAUUGCCAGUCCCUACACCACCACUACCGCAAUGCCCUCAAUGCCACCUGCUACCAGGCUAUGUCUGGUGUUGUGUACUUGUUGUUGUCAGCUGCAGGAAGUGGUCUGCUCUUCACCAUUUUGGUCUGGAUUACAUCUCACACUUGGAUCUACCUCAACCACAAAAGAGACGCAACUGGCCCCAGUUCCACAUGGCCAAACAGGAAGAAUGUACAAGCUGUCAGAGUUUGGCUCAACACUCCACCAUCCCACCCAGCAGCUAUUGUAGCUGAACCUGGGACAUCUGAAGAGCGUGACCCAUUCCUGCCUGGGCGUGGAUCCAGAGGAGGGACACUCACUUCCCUCGGGGCUCCUGGGUACUCAAGACCGCGUCACUCACACACACCGCCACAAACUCCUCCCUUCCCAGGAACUUUAGCUGCCUUGUCCAUGAACCCUCUUGUGACAAAGACACUCAUCCAAUAUAAGUACUGUUGGAUUAUGAAGCAAAUUCCGAUCCUAAUUCAACGGUUGCUUCAAGAACCAGAAAUGUUGACCAGACCACAACUCACCACAACCAGUUUGCUGCAUGAUGGUCUGUGGCCCCCACACACCACUGCCAUGCAGCCAACCACUAAGAAUGAGGCACCACAAGCCUCCACUACAGAUCAAUCAGUGACCAGACUGUCUUCCCACCCCUUUCUCCUGCCACUCCACAUGUCAUCUCACAAUAUGCUGUACACUGAGUCUCAUAUGACAUCCUUGGCCACCCUGCCAAGAAAUGGUCGUCUGUACCACAGCGAUGGAAUGGGUAGCUUGGGAGGAGGAAGUGGGUCGGCCCCGACAACAGUAAGUACAAUGGGCCGUGGUGACAACCACCACAACCACCACCACCACACUCACAGUCACAGUCACUCUCUGGGUCCCAACCAUGGCCAGUAUGCCACUCUCUCCAAGCAGUGCAAGACUCUCGAAUCAUCUGACUUCUACUAAAGGAUGUUGGCUUAAUAACUAACCGCAUGGUUCUCUUCGUGGUGUUGUUGGAUUCUUUAUUGUGCACAUUAUUAGGAUUGUAGAACAAUUUCUGAAUCCCCAUCAAGUUGAUAGGAUCUUCCUGGGAAGCAUGUGGAGAAGUACAAUGGUAUUCACGACACUUUAUGGGAUGUCUUUCUAUCCAGAGGUGUGAUUCUUACAGCCGUGAUGACAUCUGCCAGAGUAAAAGACAUGCAUGAAUCUAGUGGACAGACAAUCUUCUAUGUGUGAGAACAAACAGGUGUUUCUGGAAACUUUUAUAGUGAAGGUUAAGGAGUGAAUUACUUUUGUCAUUCCAUAAGUCAUUAUGAAGCAGUUAGACAUUUGAUGCCUAUUGAAGGUUAACUAACUGUUUGUAUUUGUGAGUGGCUCAUUUAAGUUAAUGAGUGUAUAAUGUUUCUUGUAUGUGUGUGCAUGCUGCUGCUUCCUUUGAACCUUUUACUCUUUUACUAUAAAGUGUUCAAGACUCAUCUUUUUUCAUAUAUUUGUAAAAUAUUGCUGUUUAGAUUUAUGUUAUUAUGAAGAUAUAUGACUCAGUAACAAUAUAGAAAGUCAUUAGAAUUUUUAGAGGUAUUGAAAAUAACCUUCCUCAGUGUCAUUUGAAAAUUACUAUUUUUGUUGUUGUUAUUCAGGUAAUCAUCAACAUAUUUUGGACUGGAUGAAAUCUAUCAUUUACUCUUUUGCUGUAAACUUUUUCUCAAUAUUUGGGACCAAUAGUGAAAUACUUGGUCUUGAUAGUGCCAUUUUGUAUGUAUAACUACCAUACAUUUUUUGCCAAGCUCAUUCACAUUUUCAAAUAAAAGUUGAGUUUUUUAUGUUUUCUAUUUAUAAUCUUUUAUUUAGUAAAUAUUUUGUUUAGUAAAUGAUUGACACAGCAUAUAUCCGGCACUGUCUUCCUCAUUUUCAUGUAGCACAAUAACAAAGAAUUUUAAUACUUAUUGGUGGUAUGAACCAGUUGAUAAAAGACAAAUACUAGUGAUAUCAUUAGUUUGUAACAGCUACAACCUUUGGUGAGAAUAUUUUCUUGUAUCUCUGAGUAAGUUUAUGUAACCCAACAUAACACUUAUUUCCUAUGAUAAUGAAAACCAAAACAUCAGGAUAAUAGUAAUAUAUUAUUUUAAUAGAUUGUCUUGAUGAACUAAAACUUCAGGAUUAUAGGUAUUAUAUUAUUUUAAUAGGAUUUUCUUGAUAGAUUUGUUUUCAGUAAGAUUGAAUGCCAUUACUGCCAAAGGAAAUUUAAGUUUUAUGGAUUUAUUAUUGAGGAGAUGAAGAACUAGUUUACUCACAGUACAAGAUGUGUGCAAUGUGAUAAUGAGUUGUAACAUCAUUAAGGGUGCUUCUUUAUUUCAUAUUUGUAAGUAUAUAACAAAGAAAUCACCUCAAAAUUGUAAGCUCAAGAAUUUAAGUACAGGUAUUUUUGGUAUCUUCACAAAAAAUGUACUUUAUAAGAGUAAGCAUGAAAAAAGUCACUUUAAUGGUGCCAAGUUUUACUACAAGUUAUUCCUUUAAUGGAUAAUGUUUUCUUACUUCACUAAAGUUUAUUUUACUGACAAUCUCCUUGGAUUUAGAUAUAUUUAUUUUCUAUUAAGAUAAUAUCACACUGUGUGACUUACAGAAACAAAGAUGAUGUAAAUUAAUAGUCUUAUCAGCACCCAUACCACCAGCCUUCACUUUGACAUUGUUUAAUUGUCAUCUUUAUACUCUGGCCAGGAACUCAGGCAGUCAGUUGUUGUUCAUCAUUUGAUAUGUUAGAUUUAGUUUCAUUAUUCCCUUUUGGGUCCAGAUUGAUAAUAGCGACCUAUGCUACCUUCAUUUCUCUAAUUUAUUAACUUGAUGGGUGUAUUAUUGUUCCUCAUUACAACACAUAAGAUUUGUUAACUAAUAAUUAGUAUAAACUUUAGACUUGUAUUAGAGUACUACGGUAUUUCUAAACUUUAUAACUGAAAGUAUAAGUCAAAGUUUACUGUGUCCAUCUAUUUUAUUCAUUAUACUUCAUUGUAAAACUCAGCAAUUCAGAAGAUCAGUUUUAUUUGCUAGUUGUUUUCUGAAAUUUCCCAGUGUGAUGUUGCCUCUGUAGCGGUGCUGGUGUACUGGUUUAUUGUGCAUUGUCUUUGCAUUUAUUUUCAUGACUGCUGCCUCAGUUAUCCAGAACCUAAUGUUUUGGAAGUGAUAUUAUCCUGUCCAUUUCUUCCUCUAUUCUGUAAACUUCCUUUAAGUUAUAAAUGUUUGUUUCUUGACACAGGAACUCUUGCUGUUAGGAUAAAAGUUUGUAAAACUGUGUCCUAUAUAGAGGAUUGAAUUAGAGAUACAGUAUAGGCCAGUGAAACUGGGGUUGCACAAAGAGGGGACUAUAUUAUAAUAUACAGUAUAUAGUCAUACUGUAGUCAUAAUUAUAAAAUAUUAUUUUUGGAAACAAUUAUUUCAAUGAAAUUUUUAUACACGGCAUAUUCAUUACAGAACUACUCACAGUUAAAGCAUGGACAUGUUAGUUGCAGGUUGAAUGACUAAAUACUUACUUAAUUAUUCACAGACACCACACCACAUCAUACCACAGCAUUCUACACCAUACUACACCAUGCUAAGCCACACCACACCACUCAUUUAAAUCGUAGGUAUUAAAAGAGUAUCCAUGUCCACUAAAAAUCUUUUCUUUAAGGAAAAAGAAAUCAUCAUAUUAAAUGAGUCUUUCUAGGACACUAAGCUUUUUUCUGUGCUGUGUCUGGGAAAGCUGUUCAGUCCAUGUAAUGGCCUGAUCAUUGAACUACACUACAUCAACCUCUCUCUAUUCGGGCAUAUUUGGUUACAGAGGCUUUUCAGACUAGUAUAUUUUUCAGACUGUUAAUUGUCACUUCCUAAAACCUGGUCAGCUUGGCUGUUACACCUCUGCUCAGUUCAUAAUUCACAAGAAGCAUCACUGGGGCUACUAGUCUGUUUCAGAAUACUUGCAUCAGCUGAAUUGAAAAGGUUCGGAAGAGUUUUGGUCUUUGACUGGGCAUAACCACUGGGAGGUGUUUAGUUAUGGCAUUCAUCAACAAGGGUUUUAUAUACCUGUAUAUUAGCUGUGGAUCCUCUUUCCCUUCCCCACAUAAGCAGGAUUUGGGAAGCGAUAAAUGGCUUGGAGGUUUCAGCCAGUGUCAAGCUGAUAUUACCAAACUCCAGCAGAGGGGUCAUAACUAGUCAAUUAUAGUCCAGUAAUUUUCAUCAAAUGUGGAGUCUAGCGGAAUCAUAUUUCAUGAAUACUGUACUAUGAUGAGAGUAAAUAUAGAUAGCCUGUAUACCUUCAUAUUAUAUUAUGAGGUGCUGGACUAGCAAAUUAGAUCAUGGGAUUGUUGAGAGCUAUGUUGCAGUUAAAAAGUGUUGGACUACCAAUAUGUUGGACUAGAAAGAGGCGAGUGUAUAGUACUAUCUUUAGUAUUCAGGGUCAAGUGUAUUAAACAAGGUUAAUAUAAUUUUCAUUUACUUCAAUGAUUUUUUUCUGUUUUAGUACAGUAUUUGGAUAUGAUAAUGUGAAUUGAAGUUUGAGGUACUAUAAUUAUUGAAGUAGAAGAAACAGACAUUCUAAAGGAAAGGAUCUCUUUUGUUUAUAUGAUCAUUAUUUUGGACAUUUUCACCUGUGAUAGUUCAUGUAUUAUCUAAAUGUAUCCCAGAUUAUUACUACUUCGUCAAAGAGUCUUGUUCAUGCAUGAUUGUCAUGAGAUAUGUCCUCUGUACCAUUAAGUUUUGUUAUUUAGGUCUUAACACAUGUAAAUAUUUGCACAUCAUUGUUUCUAGUUUGGUGAGUUUCCUGUAAAAGGUUUCUAUUUUCUUCUUUAUUUGCAUGUAAAGUUGUAAAGAGAAGAAGGAUAGCUAUUCUAUUGUAUUAUAUUUUCAUUAAUUCAUUUAAAAAUAUAAACUUUAAAACCACUAUGCUUGGCACAUAGCUAGGAUUAAUAGAUUCAUAAAAAUGACAUUUAGUUGUGUUCAGAAAAACAUGUUCAUAUAAUUAUAAGUAAUGACAACUAAAAGAAUCUUCUUAUUUUUUUCUUGGUGAUGGACACACACUUUCCUUCACCAGUUGAUCUAGUCAUUUAAUUACCAUAUUAUCAACUGCCCAGGUAAUUGCAUACGAGGAAAGUUGAUGCUCCUCACCUUUAGUUUCUCCCAAGAUUUGUAAUUCAGGCAUACACACACACAAUGACUAGGUUCUAUAAGGUUAUUCACUUUUUAUACCUUUUUAGUGGCUUCAUGGUCCAUAUAUUGUAAAGGUUAGCACUUCCAUGUUACAAAAAGCCAUAUAGGGUAAGAGACCAGUAUUCUUUAAUGACAAGUGUUGAGCAGUUUUUAAUGUAUAUAUUUCCACAACAACUUAUUUUCCAGUAUAAACAGUGAUCCACACGGAGAAGUGACCUCGAAGAUUACAUAUAAGAAUUUGAAUGUGGGAAAACUGCUACAGUACACGUAUACUUGUGACCCGUGACACAGGACUACUGGACUGGAAGAAGAUAAAUGACCUUAUAUCACAUUUUGUAGAUCCAUACAGUGGCACUUUGUAGGUUGUACAGUCAAUGUUGAGUGGUUGUAAAUAUAAAGAAUUUUAGAUCUAAUAUCACCAUGAACUAUUGGUACUGUACUUGGUUUGAAAAUACUUAUAAAGUGAAGGAUGGCAACAUGUCCAUUUGAAACGAAAAACUUGUAUGGUAAAGUUUUGUGUUGAUGCUCAAUGCAGUUAAGGCAGUACAGUAUUACAUAGCCUAAGGAAGCACACAAGGUUACCAAAGAAUGAGUGGUGGUAUUUUAAAUAAGUGUGCUGGGUAAUGGAACAUGUCUUCUGAGAAACUUUAUAAAAACUUUGUAUUAAUUGAAAUGACAAAGUGGAAACCUUAGGUAGAGAUGGUCCAAGACAUUUAAUGUAAUGUUAGUGAUGUGAUGAAUGACUGCUACUCUAUGUGGUGUUCCAGUAUGGCUGUUUGCUGAAGCUGGUAAACAUAUCUAGUUGGAACCACCAUCUAGGGCUGGAAUCAUCUCAUUGUGUCAUCCCUGUAUGUAGUAUCACUCACAAGCAUCAGUUCAUUUUGUAUGAAGAAUCCUCUAGUGUAGCAUCCUCCAAGUGUAGUAUUUUACAUAAUGAAAUCUUGGCAUAAGAUGAUAACUAAAGUAAACUAAAUAAAAAUUUAAGAGGGAGGAUGUUCCACAGUUGUGUUGUAUGUAUGUACCAGUAGUAAGUGUAAUAGUUGGGGUCAUUAUAUAUAUAUAUAUAUAUAUAUAUAUAUAUAUAUAUAUAUAUAUAUAUAUAUAUAUAUAUAUAUAUAUAUAUAUAUAUAUAUAUAUAUAUA